UUUAUGCUUAUUCUAUGACAAUAAAAAGUUUGAUCAGUAUGUUCAGUUUGAUGUACCAUUUGAGUGCGAAAAUCACUUUAAUAUUGUGGGUAGUUGUAACGAGCUUUUGUGCAUUUCAGACGAGCUGUGGGAUUAUAAGGACAUUUUCUAUAUUUGGAAUCCAUGCAUCAGAAAGUCAGUAAAACUCCCCGAACCAAUAUUUACAUUUAAGUCACAUGGUCCCUUUGAUCAUACACUGGGGUUUGGAUUUGAUCCUGUUACUAAUGACUACAAGGUGGUAACAAUAGUACACACUGGUUGUAAUACUGAUAAGGUACCACCUCAUGUUGAGCUUUACAAGUUGAGCACCGGUGUUUGGCAAGAUAUUAGUAUUGUUGCCCCAUCUUAUCUGUUUUUCCGCUGAUACCAGGGGUCUAUGUAAAUGGAGCUUGUCAUUGGGUUGCCGCUAAACGGAAAAAAGGAGAUUCUCAUAAUAUGGAGUAUGAUGAUUGUUCUGUUUGAUAUGCAGGACGAGACGUUCUGGGAGAUGAUGGUACCGGGUAGUUUAGUUGAGAAAUUUUGGUUUACUGAUGAUUGGAUUGCUCCUUUUGUGGCUGAGGAGUCACUUCGUUUGGUUGAUCAUUUGUUUGAUGAUGAUAAAACACUUGAUAUUUGGAUGAUGAAAGAGUAUGGUGACCCAGAAUCAUGGGUUAAACAGUUCAGCAUCAGUUUAUAUCACAUUAUAUUCGACUUUGGUGUUGUUGAUGAUUUUUUUCUUGAUGCGUCAUGGUGGUUGUCAGCGUCAGAUUGCUCAUUUGUUGGUGAAGCCAAUAGCUUCAAGGAAAAAUAUUGAAAUAUUUUGGAGAGCGAACAAUGGGAUCUUCGUUUCUUAAGAUCCUGCAGUUGAAAAAGUUAA